CUCUUUAAUGUUUUAUAAUUGGAUAAUGAUUAAAGUUUUUGUUGUUAUAUUCCCGAGUGUUGCCAAUUAAACUAUGAGAGGAAGAGGAUAAGGUGCUUCUGAGCAAGAAUCUCCCGACUCUAUUCUUUUUGGGUAAUCCCAAUUGUACAAUACACCAUUACUCAACUAGAGUUUCCCUCGCCUCUUCCCUGCAUAUUUUCUUCACCAUGAACGCCUCAAAGAUGUUGCUCCUCUCUCCACCUCCCACCUCUCUCCUACCACCACAGCGCAACCACAGCAGCAUCCUAUUCAGAAGAGUCUGCCCACAUGCCCCACUCAAGGUGUUUGCCAUGGCCAAAGAGAGCAGCGAAAGAGAUACCACGACCGCAGAGAAAGCAGCCAUAGUUGGCGGAUUGGUCUCUACGCCUGUGAUCGGAUGGUCCCUCUACACCCUCAAGACAACAGGAUGUGGCCUCCCGCCCGGUCCAGGGGGCUCAGUAGGUGCACUAGAAGGCGUGAGCUACCUGGUUGUUGUGGGAAUUGUGGCUUGGUCAUUGUACACCAAGUCCAAAACUGGCUCCGGUCUGCCUAACGGUCCUUUUGGCUUGUUGGGUGCUGUGGAAGGUUUGUCCUACUUGUCAUUGCUUGCCAUUGUGGUUGUGUUCGGGUUGCAGUUCCUCCAGCAGGGUUCUAUCCCCGGGCCACUCCCUAGCGACCAGUGUUUCGGCUGAGGAGGUCUCUCACUUUAGAAUAAUAUUAGAGAUUAUGAAAAAGAUAUCAUGAAAUGUAUUAUGAACAUUUUUUAUCAUUUGAUUAGUAUGUGAUGUUUUAAUAUACGUCUAAUUCAAAUGUGAAAAAUAUUUUAUAAUUAUUUUUAUGAUUUUUUUUUUUAUAAUUCUUAAUAUUACUCCUCACUUUAAUAACAGUACGAAUACAGAAUUUUUUUUUCCAGAAAAAGUAUUCAGAGAAUGAAUUCUAGGAGCAUUGUAUUCGUAUUAGAUGCCGCCAGCAUCGCGGUGUACGGAUUUUAUUUUUUAUUUUCAAAUAUUUGUAACAUUAUUGUUUUGUAUUGGAUAGUGUGGUUUUAGCCACUACAACUCUA